GCUUCCGGAAGAACCGAAGUUGAUCCAGCCCCACUGGAGCCCGUAGAAAUCCAUCUGCCAAAGCAUAAUAUCAAUGGCUGCAUCACCUCAACCUUACUCAGGAUACGCUUUUCCGAUCACAGCUACUCCGUCCUUAACUUCUCCUGGUAAUACCUCGUCCAAGGUCCCGCCGAAACCGAAACCGGUCAACGUAUUCUCAAACGAUGGAUCGUUUCUGGAAAGGUUCCAGAGGAGCAGGAAGGUGGGCCCUCGUAGAUAUCCUCUAUCCUUUACCUAGAUAAUUUGCUGAUAUACUCGAUCGUCUGAGUAGGAGGAGGAGGAUAAACGGAAAGCUGAGGAGGCACUCGCGAGGCAAGUUUGAUCGCUUUUUGUGUUGCUUGACACCUCAUCAUAUUCGUGUCUCUGUGCAGGAAGAGGCAAUUUGAUGAGAGAUUUAGAAAACGAGGCAAGCGUCAGCAACCUGAUACUUCUUCUAUAGUCACCCAAGGAAAGCCUGCAAAGAAAGUCAAGGUUGACGGUGCCUCAUUAUGAUACAUUGUCGAUAAUAACGCGUUCUCUUAUUCUCCAAUAGUGAGUCCCAUUGUUUGAUUGUCUGCGGUCCCCCACGUAUCAUCAGUACUGAUGAC